CCUGGGCGAGGCGCCGGAGUUCGGAGUCGGGGCUGCCGGGGGUCGCACCUCUCUUCGACGCACCUCUCCUCUGGAGCCGCGCCUGCGACUGCUCCUUAGGCGGCCGUCGGGCCGAGAACCAUGAGCGGCGGGGGCGCGGGCUGCUCCGCAGGGCUGCUGCUGACGGUCGGCUGGCUGCUCCUGGCGGGCCCCCAGUCCGCGUGCGGGACCAACGUCACCGCGGUCCAGGAUCCCGACCUGGGCCGCAUGCGCGAGAGCGAGGGCGAGAACGACGAGGAGGCGGAAAACGACAGCGAGGCGGUGGAGAACGACACUACUGAAGAGAAAGACAGUGAAAGAGAAAUUUCAAAUGGAACAAUAGUCAAGGAAGUAGAAUACGGCAUGUGCACUGUUACAUGUGGUGUUGGUAUUAGAGAAGUUAUAUUAACAAAUGGAUGCCCUGGAGGUGAAUCCAAGUGUAUUGUGCGGGUAGAAGAAUGCCGUGGACCAGUAGACUGUGGCUGGGGUAAACCGCUUUCAGAAAGUCUUGAAACUGUUAAACUGGCGUGUGUUCAUGUAUCUCCUGUAAAUCGUUUUAAGUACAUGUGGAAACUUCUAAGGUCAGACCAGCAAUCCAUUAUACUUAUAAAUGAUUCAGCAAUCCUAGAAGUACACAGGGAUAUUCACCCAUUGGCUUACCAGUGUGACACUCUAGAUGAUAAUGAAAUAGUAGCAUCUGUUAAAUUCACAAUCUAUACAACAAGUGAACUGCAAAUGAGAAGAUUAAGCCGGGCGGACACUGAUGCAGUCCUAGUUUUUGUGCUGACUGUUGGAGUCAUUAUCUGUGUAUUUGUGAUCUUUGUAUUGAUCUUCAUCAUUAUAAAUUGGGCGACUGUCAAAGCUUUCUGGGGGGCGAAAGCCUCAACUACUGAGCUACAUUCUGAACUGAGUUCUGUGAGAUAUAAAGAUUCAACUUCUAUUGACCAAUCACCAACAGAAAUACCUGGACAUGAAGAUGAUGCUUUAAGCGAAUGGAAUGAAUGAUGUAUGGAUGAUAUAUGACAAACCAAAGGAUAUUAGAGCAUAUCAGAUUCAUUAUUAUAAAAAUAAAAUAUAUAGUGAAAUACUUUA